UUUUUCACUCCCCGCAUUCACUUCGAACUCGUCUUAGUGAACUAUCAACAUGAGCGGAAGAGGAAAGGGAGGCAAAGGACUCGGAAAAGGAGGCGCCAAGCGUCACCGCAAAGUGCUCCGUGAUAACAUCCAGGGAAUCACCAAGCCCGCCAUUCGCCGCCUGGCUCGUCGUGGCGGAGUCAAGCGUAUCUCUGGUCUUAUCUACGAAGAGACCCGCGGUGUGCUCAAGGUCUUCUUGGAGAAUGUCAUCCGUGACGCCGUGACCUACACCGAACACGCCAAGAGGAAGACGGUGACCGCCAUGGACGUCGUCUACGCUCUGAAGAGACAGGGCAGAACCCUGUACGGAUUCGGAGGAACUAUCAACAUGAGCGGAAGAGGAAAGGGAGGCAAAGGACUCGGAAAAGGAGGCGCCAAACGUCACCGCAAAGUGCUCCGUGAUAACAUCCAGGGAAUCACCAAGCCCGCCAUUCGCCGCCUGGCUCGUCGUGGUGGAGUCAAGCGUAUCUCUGGUCUCAUCUACGAAGAGACCCGCGGUGUGCUCAAGGUCUUCUUGGAGAAUGUCAUCCGUGACGCCGUGACCUACACCGAACACGCCAAGAGGAAGACGGUGACCGCCAUGGACGUGGUCUACGCUCUGAAGAGACAGGGCAGAACCCUGUACGGAUUCGGAGGUUAAACUGCAGCGCCAGCAUCACCAACAACAACGGUCCUUUUAAGGGCCAC